AUGGCUUUCCUUCAGCAGCGACUGUCCACUGGCUGGACCUUCAAAGACCGAGACAGCGAGGAACUGGAUGCCUGGAUGCCUGUGCCAACUAUCCCCUCAACAGUACAGCAAGAUCUCAUUGCAAACAACAAGCUCGAAAAUCCUUAUAUAGGAUUUAACGAACUCAAAGCCCGCUGGGUCAACGAGAAAUCCUGGAUUUAUAGGCAUGCAUUCCAGCAGCCAGAAAUACCUACCGGUGCGACAGUGGUCUUGGUAUUCGACGGACUAGACACAUUCGCUUCGUGCAAACUUGACGGGCAGACGAUCCUCGAAAGUGACAACAUGUUCAUGGGUUAUCGUGUGGACGUCACCGAAGCUCUACAAAACUCACCCGAAGGAGGACAACACGUUCUAGAAAUCGAAUUCGACUGCGCCCAGUCCAGGGCACGCAAGAUACGCAGCGAACAUCCAGAUCAUAAAUGGACGGGUUUCAAUGGCGAUAUGGCACGCUUGGCUGUACGUAAAGCUCAGUAUCACUGGGGCUGGGACUGGGGUCCUGUCAUUAUGACGGCGGGGAUUUGGCGGGAUGUGCGAUUGGAGGUUUAUUCUGCUCGAGUAGCGGAUUUAUGGCCAAAGACGACGAAGAUUGAUUUCAAUGGCAAGGUGGCGAGUGUCACGGCGAUUGCAAGGAUAGAUACAUCGGCCUCGACAUUGCUGAAAGAUCUUACGGCUUCCUUUCGCUUGAGUCUGCGAGGACAAGAAAUUGCGCGCCAGGAAAACAUUCCUGUGAACAAUAUCGAUCAAGUUGCCCAGGCAGAAUUCCAGGUCAGCGAUCCGGAACUGUGGUGGCCCCAUGGCUACGGUUCUCAGCCCCUGUACAAAGUCUCAGUGUCCCUAUCACACAACGGCAAAGAGCUACACGACACCUCCAAGAAAUUCGGCAUCCGGUCCGCCGAAAUCAUCCAACAACUAGAUAAACAUGGCAAGUCAUUUUUCUUCCAGAUUAAUGGGGUAGAUGUUUUCUGUGGAGGGUCGUGCUGGAUUCCUGCCGAUAGUCUGUUGCCAAGUAUAGAUGCAGAGAGAUAUAGGAAAUGGAUUGAGCUUAUGGUAGCGGGUGGGCAGGUUAUGAUCAGAGUCUGGGGCGGCGGUAUCUACGAAGAUGAUAGAUUCUACGAGGCCUGCGAUGAGCUCGGUGUGCUGGUAUGGCAGGACUUUAUGUUUGGCUGUGGCAACUACCCGGCCUGGCCUAAGAUGCUAGAUUCAAUUCGACAAGAAGCUAUCUACAACGUACAGCGCUUGCGCCAUCAUCCUUCUAUUGUGAUCUACGUCGGCAAUAAUGAAGAUUACCAGGUCCAGGAGCACGCGAAACUCACCUAUGACUAUGAUGAUAAGGAUCCUGACAACUGGCUCAAGUCAGACUUUCCAGCACGCUACAUCUAUGAGAAAGUACUCCCGGAAGUGGUAGCCGAAUACUCACCAAGCACGUUCUAUCACCCAGGUAGUCCCUGGGGUGACGGCAAAAUCACAUCUGACCCUACUGUUGGGGAUAUGCAUCAAUGGAAUGUAUGGCACGGAACUCAAGAAAAAUACCAAAUCUUUGCCUCGCUCGGAGGUCGCUUCAACAGCGAAUUCGGCAUGGAGGCAUUCCCGCACCUGUCGACGAUAGACUACUUUGUCGAAAACGAAGAGGACAAGUUCCCGCAAUCGCAUGUGUUGAAUUUUCAUAAUAAGGCUGAUGGGCAUGAGAGGAGGUUGGCGACAUAUCUGGUGGAGAAUUUGAGAAUGGCUACUGAUUUGGAGACAUAUAUCUACCUAACUCAAGUCGUUCAAGCAGAGACAAUGAUGUUCGGAUACCGUGGCUGGCGGCGACAAUGGGGAGACUCGCGACACUGCGGAGGCGCACUAUUGUGGCAACUGAACGAUUGCUGGCCUACGAUCUCCUGGUCCAUCGUGGACUACUUCCUGAGGCCCAAACCAGCUUAUUAUACCGUCAAACGGGCGCUUAAAACACUCACGAUUGGCGUUCAACGUGAACACCAUGACUGGAGUGUUGCGCAUGCCCAGCUGCCGACGAAAAGUCGGUAUGAGCUGUGGGUUGCGAGUAGUCGUCAAGACGAGGUGUUCAAUGCAACGGUCGAAUUGCAGUUUUUGUCGGUUGUGUCGGGCAGGGAUAUACGUGCCCCGGUUCUGUUUGAGAAUAUCACGAUUGCAGCGAAUGGGACUACGGACAUGAUCACGGACGGGAUUAUAGAUCAUGUCGCCGAGCCAGAGGCUCAUGUUUUAUCUGCACGGCUUUGGGUGAAUGGGCUCAUUGUGGCGAGGGAUGUGGACUGGCCUCAGCCAUUCAAGUACCUUGAUUUCUCGGAUAGGGGGUUGGAAGUGAAUCCGGAGACAACGAUUUCAGCGGCAGGAGAGAGACAACAGAUUGUCAAAAUUAGUGCACGGAAACCCAUGAAAUGUCUCGUUUUUGAGGAGAGGGAUGGCGUGCGGGUGAGCGAUAGUGCUAUAGACAUUGUUCCCGGUGAUGAGCAGGUGGUUACUGUUACGGGGCUGGGUGAGAGUGAUACUCCAUUGAAGUAUCGUUAUUUAGGCCAAUAG